AUGUUUUCAGUGGGCGAUCGCGUGAGCUUUAAGCACCAGAUCAGUCCAACCAAGCAGGAGAAUUGUUUCGGCACUGUCCGCUUCGUGGGCAAGACGGAGUUUGCACCAGAUGAGUGGCUUGGUGUGGUGCUCGAAGAGAAGGUUGGCAAGAACGACGGAAGCGUGAAAGGGAAGUCUUACUUCCAAUGUGAACCCGGGUAUGGGAUCUUCAUAAAGCCGCAUACUGCGCAGAAGGUCUCCCCCGUGCCUUCCGAAGCACCGGGUGCGGAGGCGCCUUCGCCUUCUGCAGCACCGGUUCCAGAGGCUGAUCAAGAAGAGGAGAAGGCUGCCCUUCGGAAGAAGUUGGCUGAGGCCAGCGAGGAGCGUGAUGUCAAAACGAUCCUGGAAGUGUUCCGGCCAGCUUUGAGCCUCGGCGUCGAUCCCAAGGAGUUGGAGUGCGCCUUCCGGACAGUGAGAUCAGAGGCACAGAUGAGCUUUAUGACCGAGAUGGAGAGUGCCCGCCACGUGGCUCUUCGGCUGUCCGGAGCCUUGGAGGAGAUCGAGGCGAAAGUGACCAAGCACACGCAAGAGAAGGUGGACCGUCUCGGUGCUGCUUUGGAAGAGCGUGUGUCAGAGAUGCUGAAUGCCCGGAUUGAGAACAUAGCCGACCGCGUCUCCAAAGCAGUUCUCAGCCGUGAUGGGCAUCAGGAGAAGGAGCCUGGCCCUGGCGAUGCCACGGCGCCGCAAGCGAAGCAAAUCGAGGCUCCCGAUGCGCUGGUGCAGAGCGUCGCCAAACUCGAGCAAGACGUGCACAAGCUGCAGGCUGAAGCUGGGGCAGCCAAGCUGCAGGAGCUCGAGAAGAAGGUCACGCGCGACAUCAAGGACUUGCAGCAGCAACUGACGCAGCUUGCGAAGGACUGGGAUGCGGAGGCGAACCAGCUCGUGACCCAGCUCGAGAGGCGCAUCUCGCGCCAGCUGUCGGGCGACACGGACUCGGAGGAAAAGGAAGAGAGGGUCCCGCCACAUAAAGAGUUUCUGGAAGGCAAAGAAAAGCCGACGAGCUACAAAGAUGCCCUGGAGCAAGUGGGCGGAGAGAAGAAGCUGGAGGAGUUUAGAGAGAUGAGCACACGCCUCAUGGAAUCCUACAAGGUGGCCCCUGAAAUGGCGGAAGUGCUUUCGGGAGAUUCGAAGGCACGACUUGCUUACAGCGUCAAGCUCAACUACCAGAAGUAUGUGAACAACCUGGACGAGCUGAUCGAGCGCUGCAAGAAGCACCAGAAAGUCUUCUUUGACAAAGUGAAGGAGAUCGCGACGAAGACAGGUGGAAAGAAUUGCAAGCCGCCAUUGAAGUCCAAAGAGCGGUGCGAAGCAAAAGCGACGUUCAAGUAUCGCGAUGCGAGCGGCGACGUCUCCUGGCACCGGUUAACAGACAUCGUCCGGGACACAGUGGUGUAUGGAAACCUGGACGACAUGUACGAAGGGCUGAAGCUCAUGCACGAGGACGGCGACCUGGAGAUUGUGGAGUUCAAUGACAGAUACUUCCAUCCCCUAGAUGGCGGCUAUCGCGACCUGCAGCUGACGGUGCGGAUAAGCGACAUUGUCUGCGAGCUCCAGCUUAAUGUCGCUGGCAUGAUCUACAUCAAGGAGGGUAGUGGGCACCGCACCUUCGAAGUCGCCCGGGAGCUUGCGGCGGCUGUGGCCGACACUGGAACGGAGGCUGUGAAGAGAGCCGGGAACAUCCUGAAGUGGGGCAAGGACCACUUGGGGAAGGAUGCCACAAAGCAGCUGCAGGAUAUCCUGAGCAGCAGCGAGAAGCCCUUGCUGCUCAAGGCAGCCCAAACGGGCAAUUCUCAGCUUAUGAGCAUCUUUUUGGAGCACCGUGCGAAUGUCAACGUGCAAGACAAGAUCUCGGGCCAGACAGCCUUGCACAAGGCGAUGGAGGGCGGGUACGAGCGUGCGAUGUGGCUGCUCCUCGAACACAGAGCCGAAGUGGACACAGCCGACGCGAAUGGCAUCGUUCCCUUGAUGCAAGGCUUCCUGCAGUUGAGGAGCCAGCCAGACAGCGAGUUCAUCGGCCGGACGGUCUGCAUCCUCUCGCAGGUCGCUGGAAUGGUGCGCUUGAAAGCGGCCCAAGACAACCUGAAGAAGGUCGUCCAUGAUAAGCUGAAGCAGAACAGCCAAUUGUUGCAGUAUUGCCAAGAUGGUGAUGAAGUUUCAGUGCUGGAGUUGCUCAAGAACUACGCGGAUGCCAACUCGCCGAACGACAAGAAAGAGCGCCCACUCCACAAGGCUCUGUCGCCGAUAGGUGGCUACCAGAAUCUAACAGAGAGGCAUCUCCAGAUUUGCCGACUGUUGGUGCAAUUCAAUGCCGAUUGCAAUCCGCGCGACGAAGAAGGACGCACACCGCUGGUGCUUGCCGUGCGGCUUGGAUCUUGUGAAGCUGUCCAAAUACUGCUGCAGCAGAACGCCACGGCACAGACCGUGCAAGUGGAGGAUGUGCAAUACCUUCUGCGACGCACGGAGGACUCCGAGAUCGCACAGGUGCAGGCUGCAGCGCUGAAGCAGCUUCAUGCCGCCGGCUGCGAUUUCACAACACCAACUGCCAGAGACGAGUUGCCCACCUUCUUUGCCGCCCGCUGCAACAAUACUGCAGCAUUGGAGGUGCUCUUGGAAGCCAAAUGCGACCCAGACCGACCCAAUGCCAACAGAGACUUGGCCAUCACGGCGGCAGCUCGUGACGGACAGACGGAAGCUGUGAGAUGGCUGCUGGAACAAUGCAGGGUCGACUUGAAGGAUGCGCAGCGAGCAUUGCAUGCGGCCAGAGCUCAGCCGGACCACGAGGAGUUGAUAAGCCUGCUCGAGAAGAAAUGGACGCGUAGAGAACUGCCCAGUCUAAGCAGCAAUUUGGACAAAUUCGGUGGCAGAGGGGGGGAUGAGAAAGACGCAGAAAAAAUAGGCUUCCAGAGACCACUGACAGCAAAGCUCAAAGAGAAGGAGGGUCGAAGCAUUGGGAGACGGUACUAUGAGCUGGAGCUGCUGACCACGUUUGACUGGAUUCAGGCUGGUUGGGCCAGUGGCUCCUUUCAGGGAGACAAGGAUUUGGGCAAGCAUCGAGAAGCUUGGUGUUGGGAAGGCAUGGUCGGGGGCUUCAUGGAGAAGAUCCGGGCCGGAAAAGCAGAGCAGGUGCGAGCGCAACCGUGGGAACCAGGCGAUAUCUUGGGCUUGGCACUGGAUUACACGGAGGGCAAAAUGCAGCUUUCACACCAGGGCAACUGGUAUACAGAAGCUGAUUACAUGAUGGAAUUCGAGCCGAACGGCCGUGACUUGUAUCCCGCGAUCACCACGAAAGCGUGCUUGUUCCGUCUAAGGCUUGGGACGAAGGAAUGGAGUUUCAAACCUCCCUCCGAAGACUACAAGCCCUGGGCGGAUGGAGUCGGUGAGUGGAAUGUCAAGGACGAAGAGUGGGGCUCACACAAGAUCAGCAGGCCGAUCAGAAGAACUUCCAGCGACUCCGGCUCCCUCGUGUCGAGCGUGGGAAUCUCUUUGUACGACAGUGACGACGAGGAGAUGUAG